CUAGACUGGCCAAGGCAGACCUGUUACACUUGCCUGAGUUAGGCAUUGUUUGCCAUGCCACUAAACCUGCCGCCAAGUGAAAUCUUCAUGGGGGAAAUGAGAUUGAAGUCUGGCCUGCUGAAGAUGGACGCCCUGUCUCUGUUUUCAUUUUAUUUUGCUUUCCUUCCUUUGUUUCUUUUAUUUUCACUUUUUAAUUUUUUUCCUUUUUGUUUUGUUCUGUUAAAUCCCUUACCCUUGUACUUGUGAACUGGUAAUUCAGCUCUGAAAAAAAUUAUGCUUUGUAAAGGAUUCAUAUUGUUUUAUUUUGAAGUUGACCUGAAGCUACUUGUGGAUGGUAUACAGAGAAUUUAGGAUAUGUUUAUGCUAUGAAUUAUGGAUAAAUUUUGUUUGGAAUACAUUUAAGCAUCUAAAUUCAACAGAUGAACACAUUGUGUCAGACUGGAAUGGUGAAAACUAUAAAUUUUAGGAUGCAUUCUUUCAUAUGUUAUACUUUGUGAGCUUAUCUUGAAAGAAAAGUUAAAACUUUCUGGAGAAAUUAACUUUACAAAGUAAAAUCAUUAUUUUUCUCUGCUAUUUUUCCUUUUCUCAGCAGAGUACUUUUAGGCUGCAUGAUCUGUUUAAAAGAAGUCUUUCUAUUUAUAUCUAAUAAGAAGAGUUUAAAAUAAUUAUUUCUGAUAUUGAACUUUCAUGAGUAUUGAAUGUCAUGAAAUAUUUGUUUGCUUCUGAUGAAACCUUGCUCCGGUGAGGUCAGUAGCAGUAAGAUUUCAUCCUUUUGUUUUUGUAAUUUUUAGAAAAAACUGUUUACCACUCAUAAGUACAAAUGCAGCCUGAGAUUUUUGUUGGAAUGUGUUGUGAGGCACAUUGUCUUUCAACACUGUUAUUCAUGGGAAGAUUGAAAAAUUUUGUGUGCAUGUAUGUGUGUAUGUGUGUAUUGCACUUUUACAUGCUGCAGUGGUCAUUAUUUCAAGAAGAGGUUAAAAACAAAGUAUCAUCUCACAAUCUCAGAAGCCCUGGCAGUUCAUGCUGGAGUGAUUGAGAAAGUUCUUAUCCCUAAAUGAUGUUUGUUCUUGUGAAACAGAAGCCCUAAAACAGAAGUGCUGGACCAGGUAAUGUGUCUAGUCCUCAAGCAUUACUCUUCCCAGCCAGCUGCAUUGGGACCAAUUGGCUUGAUUCUCAUAAUGCACCAAGCUGAGAACUGUAGCUGGGAAGAGCUUUGUGAUCUCUGUUGGAUUUAGCUGUGCCAGUUGAGGUAAUUACAAGUAGUUGUGAUCUCUUUAAUCUCUGCUGCUAAAUCCAAUAAGAAUCAUGAACUGAAUCACACAGAAAUUAUUUUAUUUGUAAGUGUGCAUUUCCCAUUGAUUUAAAAUAGAAAAAUAACAAUUCCUUUAAAAGUCUUUCAAGUAAAUGUAAAAAGAAAGUAUUUAAAAAAGAAAUGUACUUAGUUAUUUUUGAAGCUGUUUUGGGGUGAUGGGAGGAUUAACCAUGUAGUUUCAGUAUAAAGAGUAAGAAAUUAAUUUCUGAGCACAUGGACAGUGAUAAAAAUACUGUGAUUAGUACCUGCUUAACACAGAUAUUUCUGUUCAGCAUUUAACAAAAUGGAUUCUGGUACAGACUAGGUUGACUAGGGCUCUUAAGCGACUAGGGCUCUUAAGCACUUAGGAAAACUGUACAUUUCUGAAGAAGCAUAAGGUAUCUCUAGUUAAUACAGAGCUAAUCUACAUUUGCUUCCAGAUUCCUUUGAAAAGUGAAGAAUAAAUAAAUAAAUGAUCAUAGAAUCUAAUUUACUAAACACUCAUGCAUUCAAAUAAAUAUUUCUAAGGAUGCGGUAUAGAUGUGGCAAAUUUAUUUUGCUUGUUUCCCUUAUUAGAAAAUAAAUAUAUUUGCCUCAUUUCCAUUCAGCUUUUAAAUACCAUGAGUUUAAAAACCAAAACAGUUAUUCUUAAAGUGUCCUAAUUUGUUAUGUCAUUACUGACAUAUUUUGUUGUAUUUUUGUGGGCUUGUAUCCCUUUUUAAAAUAAAUUAAUGGAGGCUGUAACUUCUGAGGUUAUUUGGCCUUACAUAUUAAUUUGUUUUUCAAAACUGUCUAAAAACCAGGGAAAUAAAUUUGCAAUAUAUUUCAGGCUUUUGGGUUUUUUUUUUUACCCUCAGCAGUUUAUUUUCUAUAGGAUUGUUUAAAAGUUUAACCUGAUUUUAAAAACUUAAAACCUAGAAGGGGAUAUCUUUUCAAAAGACAGUAUCUGAAAAUACAAAUUUUCAGGGUUCUGUCUGUAGAGGUAGACCUUUCUUCAUUCUUGAAUAAAAUAAAUGAACAGAUCUUUGUGGCAUGGACCUGAUCAACUAGAUUUUGUAUUUAACUUUAAACGUUAUGUUGUUGAGGGACCAAAGUAUUCUGGAAAUAAUGCUGCUAACUUUAUAUAUGUAUGUAAUUCAUUUUUUUGAACUGUAAUAGUUUAUUUAACUGAAAUUGUUCAAUUGAUUCCUUAAGCAAUGUUUGAGCAAAUGAAUAAUUACAAUUAUUUCAGUAAGGUGAACCAUAUGCUUAAAGUUUAGAAUUGUAUUUAAGUACAUUUCUGAACUUGACUCCCUGCCAGUUUAGUUAUAUGCAUAUGCAUAACUCAUUUCCUAUCUAAAAGGGCUAAAUGUCUUAAGCAUCUCUUAAGUUUAUCUGGUUAAGUGUGUAUUGAAUUGGCUGUAUGUAAGUGCAUACUUAAAUUAGGCAUAUACUUAUGUAUAUUAUUGACCAAGGAUCUAAAUUGCAAUGCAGAUGUACCACUUUAGGAGCCAUUAAAUUUACUUGAGCCAUGUCUGUUGAUCCUGUAGAAACCUCUAUGAGUAUCCAGUUAAUUGCAAGAUGCUGGCUCAGCAAUCAUUUGAAAACGCUUAAGUAUUUUGUUUUUCAGAAGAACUGGUAUAUAAUUGUACGCCUAAUUUGCACACACAGUUGUUGGAACUGUAUAUUUGGAAGCCUGUUAGCUACAUAGUAGGCAGGAUGUGAGGCAAGGUACCUGAUUCUCAUGAGCAGUCUGGCAAAUCAAGUACACCUCUCAUUGCAUGCCUGACUUCAAAAUGAGACCUGUUAAGAGUGCUCAGCAUUGUGAUGAUGACUCAGAUUUAUGCAUGUUUUUCUAAAAGCCCUGGAAGACAUAAUAGCACAGUUAAUUCUUAAUUGUUAAUAAUUUUCCUAUUUUUCUUCUUUAGAUAGCAAAAUAAAGUGGUUUGUUACAUGUUAAGGAGCAAGGUGCCUCAAAACUUAAAUAAAAUAACUCUAAAUAGAAGGUGUGAGAAAAAAGAAGAGUACUGUUAUUUUAUCUUUUCCAAUCCACUCAUGCUAUAUAUAAAUUAAUUUUCAUUUAUAUUUGUUUUGUCCUUUGUAUCUCCAACUCUAACCAAGUCCUUGCUGCAGAUCUGUAGAACAGUGAUGCAGCCAACACGAACGGUUGUCAUGUGUAAAACAGCUUUCGAUCACCGUGAAAACACCGCCCCGGGAAAGCGUCCAUGCUUGAUAUCGUUUGGUUCAUGAACAUUAAGUUUCCAGUACAGGUAAAAUCCCAGAUGAAGCCAAAGCCCUUUCUCUACUGGCACCUGCUCCUACUAUGACAAGUCUGAUGCCCGGUACAGGGUUACUUCCUAUACCUACACCAACCCCUUUAACUACACUUGGUGUUUCACUUGGCACUUUGGGGGCUAUACCAGCAUCAGCAUUGGACCCUAACAUUACAACACUGGGAGAAAUACCACAGCCACCAAUUAUGGGGAAUGUGGACCCAUCCAAGAUUGAUGAAAUUAGAAGAACAGUCUAUGUUGGAAACUUGAAUUCACAGACUACAACAGCAGAUCAGCUGCUUGAAUUUUUUAAGCAAGUUGGGGAAGUCAAAUUUGUACGAAUGGCAGGUGAUGAGACGCAACCAACACGAUUUGCUUUUGUGGAAUUUGCAGACCAAAAUUCUGUACCUCGAGCUAUUGCCUUUAAUGGAGUUAUGUUUGGAGACAGGCCACUGAAAAUAAAUCACUCCAAUAAUGCAAUAGUGAAGCCUCCUGAAAUGACACCACAAGCUGCUGCCAAGGAACUGGAAGAAGUGAUGAAGAGAGUAAGGGAAGCCCAAUCUUUCAUAUCUGCUGCUAUUGAGCCAGAGUCUGGAAAGAGCAGUGAAAGAAAAGGUGGUCGAUCUCGUUCCCAUUCUCGUUCAGAAUCCAGGUCUAGCUCAAAAUCCCAAUCUAGAAGGAAAAGGUCUCACUCAAAACACAGAAGUAGGUCUGGCAACAGAUCACUUUCAAGACAAAAGGACAGACGAAGAUCCAGAAGUCCCCUGAAAAAACGGUCUAGAUCUAGGGAAAGGUGGAGAUCAAGAAGUCGCUCUCAUUCUCGGGACAAAAAAAGAGACAAAGAAAAGGUCAAGGAAAAAGAAAAGGCCAAAGAAAAGGAGAGAGACCAAGACAAAGAGAAGGAGAGAAACUGGGACAAAGAAAAGGAAAGAGAGCAAGAUAAAGAGAGACACAGGGAUAAGGACAAGGAGAAGGACCAGGAGAAAGAACAGCAUAAAGAUCGAGAAAGAGUUAGAGACAAGGAUAGGGAUAGAGACAGGGACAAGGACAGGGAAAAAAACAAGGAGAAGGAAAAAGACAGAGAAGAGGUAGACCAGAACAAGGAAAAAUAUGAUGUUACGAAAGAGGGGGAAAAGGAUAGAGAGAAGAUUAAGGACAAGGAGGGAGAUAAGGACAGAAGGGAAAAAGGAGACAAAGAAAAGGAGAAAGAUGAGAAGAAAGAGAAGGAGCAAGAAAGAGAAAAAGAGAGACAUGAUAAAAAAAAGAAAGAGAAGAGAUCCAGAACACCCCCAAGAAUCUAUAGCUCUUCAAGAUCUCAUAGCUCCAGCAGAGAAAGAUGUAAAAGGAAGAGUAGAAGUCUCUCCAAGUCUCCUAAAACGGCCAAAAAAAAGUCUUCACAAACUCCUUCUCCGAGAAGAAACAAGAAAGAGAAAAAAAGAGAAAGAGAUAAAAAUAAUGAAAGAAGAGAAAGGGAAUACUUCAAGAAAAAAAUUAGUAAAGUAAAAGAGGGAAAGGAGAAAUCUGACAAAAGCACCUCUACUUUGAAGGACAAAGAUCACACUGAAGAGGAUCAGAAUUCAGAAACUGACAAGGAAGUAGGCAAUAGAGAUACAGAAAGGAUUGGUGAAGUCAAACUACAACAGAAUGGGACCUGUCAACCAAAUGACGAAAACCAUUCAAUUAAAAUGGAAGAGGUUUAAAGCAAAAAAUGGACCUCUGACUGAACUAAGGGAUGAAAUCUGAAACUUAUUUUUUCCCAGAACAAGGAAGAAAAUAUCAAGGUAAUCAACAUGAACAUGGUGAUUGUACUAGUAGCUCUUCCAAUUCUAGUAACAGCUUUGUCAAUUUCUUGCUGUAAAGCAAGAGAGUACAGACCAGUAGUUAUACCCUGAAAAGGCAGAUGACAUCAAAACUAUUCAUGUCUGAAAAUCCAUGGAUCUUCAUAAUGGCUGUACUUACUUGUAAAAUUAUUUAAGUUUUGCCAUUUUCUGUUAUGAAUAAGUAGAAACUGAAAGAUGUAAACCUGUACAAUCAAAACAUGCUGAAUAUAAGCAUCGAAGAUUGUUUAAAGUUCUGCUUGUUCAUGAAUUUUGUAUUGGUUUACUUUUCAGGUUAAAAAUCCACAAAACCUUCAAUGUGUACUGUUUGAUGUGCUUCAAAAUGGUGCAUAAAUGUACACAUUUUCUUCUGUUAUAAAUGAAAAUUAUUUGUAAACAUAAACACACUUUUAUGGUUCUUUUGUUAAAUGCC